AAGUAGAUGUCACUUCUCACUUGAUUUCUUUUUCUUUGGUUUCUCUCUCUUUCUAUUCCAAUGCAUUGGUUACUCUUCACUCUUACAAAUAACUUCAAUUUCUCUCUUUUUUUUUAAUUUCAUUUAUACUUUUUUUGCAUAAUGUUUUCUUUUUUUUUCUAAUUUAAUUUAAUUUCUUCUUCUUUUCUCUCUCUUUUUUUGUUCUCUUUUGUUUUCUCUUCUCCUUGCUUUGUUUUCUACUCAUUGGCAACUUCUCUUCUUCUCUUUGUGGUGUCUCUCUCUCUUUCUCUGACAGUGUUUUUCUCUUAGUUGUUUUUGCCCACCGAGUCAAGGAAAGGAAAAGAGAAAGAGAGAGAGAGAGAGAGAAAAGAAAGAAAAAAAAAGGAAUAUAAACAGUUAGAUUUAUAAAUUCUCUUAUUGUUUAUCAUCAACUAUGGCCACAAGUGAGGUGCUUCAACACAACUUCGAUACCACCACAACCACAACCACAACAACAACACGAGGUGAACCCAAAAAAGUGCCAAAAAAACGUAAAUUUCAACUUGAGAGCUUAGAGGAUAAUAAAAAUGUUCCUUGGUCAUCAACAACUUCAACCUCUUCAAUUGAAGUUAAUGAUAGAGAAAUAGUUAAUACUAACCCAAGCCAUGGUGUUACUACAAAUACUAUUUUAAAUUGUGUCGAUGUAUCAACAAAUAUCGCUGCUGAUGAUAACAACAACACCGUUAUCAAUAAGAGUAACAACAACUUGUAUUGUGACAAAGAUAAUAUUAGUUGUAGUAACACUGAAACACACGAGGCCUUAAAACAUCAACAACAAACAUCAUUGGAACAUGUUAUCAAUAGAAGCUUUAAAAAUGAUGAAGAUGAUGUUGAUGUUGAUGAUGACAAUUGUAUUGACAGUAGUAAAGAAUUGACAUUAGAUCUAACUGAUUGGUGUGGUUAUCGUGUUAUCGCUCGUUUGGGUAACUAUUAUCAACGAGGUGAAAUCAAUUGUUAUUUAAAACGAGAAUGUAAAGUUGGUGUUAAAUUUGAUGAUAAAGAUGAAACAAUUGCAGAUAAAUUUGUCUACUUCAAUCCACUUGAUUGCAGUAGUAUUAUCAACGAUAGUUGCCCAUCUCCUAAUCAAAUCACCAUUGGUCUUGAUGUUGUCUCCCGGUGUCCAGAGUCAGAGAAUCUAUUUCGUAAAGGAAUCGUAGCUGAUAUUUUAUCCACUGAGCCAAACUCUUUAUCCAGUGCCAGAUAUGUGGUUAAAUUCAAUGAAUGUGAAUUCAUUAAAGUAUCACGAGCUAAUAUACGUCUUCUUAAACCUCCUUGGUGGGAAGAAGUUGAUAAUUUGUCAAUGGAAAAAUCAACAUCAUCUCACACUUCAUCACCAUCUCCAACUUUAUCUUCUUCCAAUAUUAUUUCACCAUCAUGUCCAUCAACAGUAACAUCUCCAUUACCACCCACUCCAACCAAGAAAACAUCGCCAUUAGAAAACUGUGUUCAAGAUGUUAAUUCACCGAGUAAUCAUGAGAAAAUGAAACGCCCUGAUAUCAUAAUUUACUCGCAACAGCAACAAUUUGAACGACAGCUUCAAUUACAAUACUUUAACCAAUCUCAAUCUCCCAGAUUGAUUAAAUCACCUGCUGAUCAUAGUUACUCAGGAGAUGAGCUCGAUGAUGAUGAUAACGCCAAGUAUAAUACAGACUCAACCGUGGAUUCAGCACCUUCAACCCCAACAACACCUCUUUACAGAUCUGUGGGCUUUGCAAAUCAUUUACUCGAUUCAGGGUCGUCUUCCACUCAUCAUUUGAAUUCCAUUUCAUCUUAUGGUGGUAAUGAAAUUGGUGGAAAUUCAUCGUCAACUGAUCAAGGAAUUGUUAACCCAAACAAGUAUAAAAAAGGUGAUAUCGUAUCAUCGGCAAGUGGAAUUCGUAAAAAGUUCAAUGGAAAACAAUGGAGGCGAUUAUGUUCAAAAGAAGAUUGUACUAAAGAAUCGCAAAGGCGCGGCUUCUGCUCGAGACAUUUAAGCAUGAAAUCGAUUAACAAUUCACCGGGAAGUGGAUCAGCUUGUAGUAAUAACGGCGUUUGGUCAUCCAAUAUGCUCAUAGGAGCGGCUACUUUAACAACAACUUGCACAACAACCUCAUUGACGAUAGCAAAUGAAAUGAAAGGAGUCUCAAAAACACCCAGUCCAUUGCCCAAUGUAAUCCAUAAUUCAGUAAAUAAAUCGCCUCAUGAUGAUGAUCAUCAUAAUAAUGAUCCUGGAUUUGGAGAGAAUGGUUUAUCAACAUUGCAUUCAUCCGAAUCUCAGAAAAAUUUAAAUGCCUCUGUUACUCCUUCAUUCUCAGUCUCUUCUUCUGCAACCUCAGCAGCAUCACUAUUUUCAUCUUCUGCCUCAUCAACAACAUCUUCCACUUCUGUUUCUUCAUCAUCCUCAUCCUCAUCACUAUGUUAUCCUUCAUCAUCAUUUGAUACAACAAAAGCUGCCAAUAUGUUGAUCUCACUUCGUACCUCACCUAAAUCAGAAAGCCAAGCAGUUAUCAAACCCAAUGAUAUGAGCUUAGUUGCUGGAACAAGAUCUGGUCUAAUGGCAGCUAGACUUAUAUCUAAUAAUAAUAAUGAUAAACCAUAUUACCAUCAUCAUCACCAACAUCAUCCUCAUCAUCAUCACCCUGGACAGGCAAAUUCAAUACCAUUAUCACCUCAUACCUCACAAAAUGCAACUUUAUUUCCAUCACAAGUCACAUCAACUUUACCCUCUUCAUUUGCACCCUCAAUACCACCAGUUGCUCACUUUAUUCCAACCUUAUAUCUUGGUGGUAAUAAUCUGGUUAAUCAAUCUAUCAAUCAGAGAUGGGAAGAUAAAUCAAGAUCACCUGAGAGUAUUAAUAGAAAUGGACAUCACCACAAUAGUGGCAAUAAUCAUAAACUACUUAGUCAAAAUGUACCAAUGGUCAAGGAUUGGUUGUUACCUCCAAGUAUUUAUGGUUCGUGUUCGUCUCCAUCGGCUCUAACGACAAAUACUGAGAUGCCUCUAUUCCCUUGGCAUUCAAUUGACUCGUUACGACUCCAUAGCAAUUUUCAUCACAAUAAUGUUAAUAUUUCAAACAUUAGCCGAAGUGGUGACAAAAACAAUCCAAUGCCACAUAGUCAUGGUCAUCUUGUUAAAGAUUGGCUAUUACCUAACAAUAUAAGCGCUUCAUGUUCAUCUCCAUCUUCGAUAUCAUCUUCUAAUACAGAAAUGCCUUUAUUUCCUUGGUAUUCCACCAAUUCCUUACCAAUUCAUCGUAAUAUAUCACCGAAUGGACCACAUUCACCUCCUCGAAGUGCUCCACCUCAAUUCUCUGAUUCUGAGAAUGAAUUAGACGAAGAUGAUGACAUUGAAAUAGAUGUUAGUGGUGGUGUAGGAGGAGAAGAUGAUGACGAUGAAGUAUUUUCAUCAUCAGCCAAUAAAAAUGAUAAUAACAACAACAGUACCAAUAGUAACAGAAAUAGUAACAGAAAUGUAAUGAUGGAUGGCGAAAGUUAUGGUGACAAAGUAACAAUAGAUGAUUCAAUUGAUAAAUCAUCAUCUUCGAGUGUAAUAUCAGCCUCAAGGGGACGAUCAAAAUCUUGUAGUGCCUUACAAGAUGGCUCAAAAGAGUCGAGCAAAAAAGGAGAGAUGUGCAAUAAUAAUCCCAUUGAUGAUGAUGAAAAUGAUAAUGAUAAUGAAGGUGAUGAGCCUAAUAAUCCCAACAACAGCAACAGCAACAACAAUGGUAAUAAUAACAGUGGAAAGAAAAACAAAUCAUCAUCUAAACAACACAUUCGUCGACCCAUGAAUGCCUUUAUGAUUUUCUCGAAAAGACAUCGAGCUUUAGUUCAUCAACGUCAUCCAAACAGCGAUAAUCGAACUGUUAGCAAGAUUUUAGGUGAAUGGUGGUACAGUUUGAAGAAAGAAGAGAAAGAGAAAUACAACGAUCUUGCAUUUAAAGUAAAAGAAGCUCAUUUCAAGAAACAUCCAAAUUGGAAAUGGUGUUCAAAAGGAGGAACUGGAUCAGUCUCUGGGUUAGAAACUGGAGAAACUCUUUCGCCUUCAAUGGAAAAUACAACCACAACAAUUACCACCAACACCAACACCAACAUCAAUGCUACUACAACCUCUUCAACUCUUUCGUCUUCUUCAUCAUCUUCAUCAUCUUUAACUGUAACUUCAAAAGGCUAUUCGAAUGUGGCCUCGUCUAAGAAGAAAGUAUCAGUUAAAUCAUUGAAAAGAAAAUCUAAAUCUGAUGAUGGACCAGAUGAAGAGAAUAUGGAUUGUGCUGUGAAUGAUUCUAGUGGACACAAUUCUCAACCUUAUUCACUGAAAUUGAUCAAUGAAGAUGUCGCAAGCACAAGUUAUAUGGAAACUGAAAGUUGUGAUCAAUUAGAGAUUCGUAAUCGACACUCAGUUAGAUUUAGUUCACCUGUUGAUCUUCGCACUCCAACUUCAGCUCCAUUUAACAAGAGAAUAUUUUCUCCGUUGAAUACACCGGCCACACCAAUUACACCGAUAACUCCAACACAAUCAUCUUCUCUUGAUUUAAGUCUUCAUGGUGUAACAAUUACAUCUCCAUUACCAUCAAUCUCUCAGAAGCAUAACUUUAUGUUGCACUCAUCAGGUGAACAACAAUCGCCUCUGGAACUAAGCGGUCGAAUGACGAGUGCAAACGAAAUGAUAAUUCAUUCAGCACCUCCGAUUUUCUCUCAUUCUCGAUUCUCUUUACCAAGUGAAACUGGAGGUGGAAUUGGAAUUGGAAGUGGAAGUGGAAUAUCUCAAACACCAAGUUUUUCUUCCACUGUCUCGAAUUUUAUUCUAAACAAUGAUAACAAUUCAUCUGCCUCUCCACUUUUGCCACCAUCAUCAGUAACAUCACAAUCAUCAUCACAAUCUCCAUCAUCAUUGUCAUUAUCAUCGUCAACAACAACAUCUUAUCAAGUUAGCCAAAGGUCUCCGGUAAUUGUGGCCCAUUCAGGUCAUAAUAAUACUAAUAAACAAAACCGAUUACCAACAAUAACCUCAAUUACACCUUACUCACUGAGUCCAAGUCCAAUAUGUUCAUCACCUCACCAACCACCGCCAGUAAUGCAAUUACAUAAAAAGUUUAAUCAUGAUUUGAUUUCAACUUCGCAAUCAAAGCAACAACAAAAUAUUUUAGCUAAUGUACGUAAUAGUUAUUCAACAAACCAACACCUCAACCAACACCCACACCAUCAAUAUCCACAUGCACAUGCACACCAAUCUUUACAUAAUAAUCCUCAUCGUCCAUCGCCUCCUCUGCCUCCCUCUGCAAUAUUAUCAUCAUCAAACAUUGAGAGUGGUCCAAACUCAAACUCACCAAGCACAACAUCAACAUCAACAUCAACAAAUGAGCCUAAAUUUGUUUUAGCUCCAACUCCUGCUCAAUUGGGUAAAAUCCGAAACAAGAAACUUUCGGGAACCAACAACAACAACAACAAUACAAAUGAUCUUAAUUUAAGUGCCAAAUGUAAUGAUGAUACAAACAAAUCAAUUAACUUCAAUGAAUUUGCCGAUGAACAAAAAGUGUCAAAAAUGAGUACAAAUGACCAAGUAAAUCAGGUUUACAUGCAACUCAAACAAUUCAGUAAACCACAAUUUGAUAAAACGAAUGGUAAUAAAAAUGAUGAUGACCAGAAAAAGAUGAAGACAAUGAUAAGACGACCAAUAGGAAUGGAUAAUGUUUCUCAUCCAUUUACUACUAUUGGUGAUUCUAUUGAUGAUAAAAAGGAAGAUGUUAAAGAUGAAAACAAAGAUAACCAAGAUAAUCAAGAUAAUAAUGGUAAAGAUAAAGCUAAAGACACAAUGGAUAAGGUAUUGGACGAAGUUAAUUUUGACCAACAAUUUGCUCAAUUACCUGAAUUCAAACCAGAAGACAAAAGUGUCGCUACAUCAGCACCAAGUACACCUUUACCAUUCUCACCAACGGCAUUUGUUCAAUCGUACAGAAAGAAACAAAGAAGCUCAAUAUCUUUGGUUUCAACACCAACUCUCUCAUCAUGUAAAAAUAAUAAUAUCGUUAGUAUGACAACACCAACGAUUCCCGUUAUACCAACAACUAUUGUGACAUCAUCGUCAUCAUUGUCAUCAUCAAUCUCAUCACCAACAACAUCUUUGUCCGUAGUAACAGCAUCAUCAUCAUUACCCACCCCAACUCCAACUCCAACACCAGUGCCAUCAACGUCUUCAUCGUCAUCAUCAAUAUCAGCUGGAUUACCUUCUUCAUCAAUCAUGACAAUUCCCAAAAAUCCCAUGAAUAAUAGUCGCAAUAUCCAACCUGGCUCGCUGAGUUCAGGAGAAAAGUUUUUCGGGCCGAAUUUCAAUUUAGGUGAAGCGAUUGCAUCAGUUACUUAUUCAAAGAUGACAAGUAACUGUAACAAUCCCGAUUACUCAAAAAACAAGAAUAUAAACACACCGUUAACACCAAAAUCACCUAAAACUCCUGGAGGUGACAUUGACAAAUCAUCUAACCGACGAGUCCUUGAUCAAAGAAGACAACUUGUAAUGCAAUUUUUCAACGAGUGCGGCUUUUGGCCUACAGCUCAAGAAACCGCAUCAUUUCAACAGCGUUUCAGUAACGUCUUCCCUCAUAAACAUACCUUACAAUUGAAGAUACGAGAGGUUAGACAAAAACUCAUGGCAACAACACCAAUGACCCCGAAUUCUGCUUUGAAAGAGCAUAACGAGAAUGGAAAGAUGAAUGAGACAAGUAAUUCUUCAUCAUCUCAUCUUGGUGGUAAAAUGAUAAAUUGUACUACCACUGAUUCUACGAGCAUGAAUACUACAAAUUGUAUUAAUAAGGUUGUAAUUGCUGGUGAUUCAUCUAAUUGUAAUAUUGGUUCCGUUGAAAAAGUAGAUCUCGAAAAGCAACAAUAUUUUUAUGGACAACAACCAAUGGAUACAUCAACCUGUAAUAAUAGUACAGUUACUGAUGAAGAUAACUCAUCAAAGAAUCGUAAUACUGGACAACAACAACAACAACAACAAGAACCCAUGAUAACUUCCGAGAACGAAAAAUAAUCAAUUGUAUUAACCCCAUUGCCUCCAAAAAUUCAACGUUAAUAUCGUUGAUAAACAAAACCCAAAUUCUCAUAUAUACAACAAGAAAAACAAUCUAUUCUUUAUCUCGAUAUUUCCUUAACGAAAAUGUGACAAAAAUUCACUUUAAAAAUGAUAUUUAUUUUUUCCCUUCUUUUUUCCAGUGCCUAUGUGUUUGUGUGUUUCCAUGACCUUAAAAGUGACCUUAACCCGAUAAGUUCCAAUAUUGUAAUUGAGUUAAAUAUGAAAACAAAAACCUACUCCAUGUGUUUAAUUAACUGUGAUCACUAAGUGUUGUUAAAAUCAUAUUGAAUCACUUGAAAGACAAAACAAUUUAAAACAAAACUACAAAACCCUCCUGAUAACAAAUCACAAUCAAUGUAUUACAUCAUACAAUUAAUAAUUAUCUAUUUGCUGUAUAAAUCAUCAAUUCACUCAUUAAAUUAAUUGAUUCAAUCAUGA